AAUUAACCACCUUUUUGGAGGUUACUUUACCUUUACCUUUACAGUUGAAUGUUGAAAGAGUAAUAAUAUAAUUAGGAUAAGUUUUACUUAAAUAAUCAAUAUGUGGUUAAAUUAUAAAAGUACUUUUUUAAUAAUAGUUUUAAUGUGGUUAAAGUGUGUUAAACCGUGGAGUUAUAACCCCCUUUGUUUAGUGCAAGAAUGUUGUAAUGACGAUUAUAUUAUAAAUGAUAUUAAAGGUUUAUACUCAACAAUAAAAUCUAAAAUUUACGGCCAGCAUUUAGUAGAAGUCGCUAUAGAUGCUAUAUCGAGCCACAUACAUUUUAAACCCCCGAAGCCUCUAACUCUAAGUUUCCACGGAUGGGCAGGUAGCGGUAAGAAUUACGUUUCAUCCUUCAUAGUCGAUCAUCUCUACAAGAGGGGCUUCAAAAGUAACUACAUACAUAAUUUUAUUGGAAGAAUCCAUUUUCCCGAAGACAGCCAUGCCAAGCAAUAUAAAGAUAACCUUUAUUCUUGGUUAAAAGGAAAUCUAACGAGUUGCUCUAGACAAUUGUUUAUUUUCGAUGAAGUACACUUGAUGCCACCUUCAGUUUUAAACGCCGUUAAACCACUGAUCGAUUACCGAACGAACGUCGAUAAAAUCGAUUACACACAAGCCAUAUUUAUAUUUUUAUCGAAUACAGGGGCCACUCUGGUUAACGAGCGCUACAACGAAUUGUGGUCAAAAGGAAUACAAAGGGAAGACAUGAAAUUAUCCCAUUUCGAUUCGUUGAUAUCUAAGGGAGCCUUUAACGAAGAAGGAGGCUUUCAUUUUUCUGAUACGAUACGAGCGAAUCUAAUAGAUCAUUACAUACCGUUUCUACCGAUGCAGGUCAAUCACGUUAUAGACUGCAUUAAAGAUCAAUUUAGAGAAAGAGGAGUCGCUUCUCCACAACAAACCCAUAUUGAUGAAAUUCUGGAAUACAUUGAAUGGGCACCAGCUGAUACAAAGUUAUAUUCAAAAACUGGCUGUAAGAGGAUUAGCUCCUUAGUAGCAGUAGCAGUCGCAAAGCAUUACCGUCACACACAAAAGAGGGAGCUCUGAUAGACAAAUUUGAGAAAUUGCAUAUAACUUCGGCAAAUUCAGCUCGGCACUUAGAAAUCUAGUCGGACGCGCAAACAAGGAAAAAAGAAAGUGAUACUUAUCAUUUGAGCUAUCGGUGCAAUUUGCCCUCAACUGUUAAAUUUACCAACGCGCAUCCUACGAUACAGAAAUCCCAAGUGCCGAGCUGAAUUUGCCAAGGUGUAGUUUUUUUUUAUAAAUGUAUAUUGUUACAAAAACCAUUACUUAGGAAAAGUUUAUUUAUUUUUUAUAUUCAUAUUAAGAUUGACUAUCUUUUUAUAGUUAUUAAAAAUACAGUAAUAUCUAAGCGAUUAAAAACAAAAUUAUUAAUGUUUAAUUGUAC